AUGGCACACAGGAUCAGCACUGCAGGACAGAGAUGGUGGUCACAACUAGUCACCCUGGGGCUUGACACAGACAUGGCACACAGGAUCAGCACUGCAGGUCAGAGAUGGUGGUCACAACUAGUCACCCUGGGGCUUGACACAGACAUGGCACAGAGGAUCAGCACUGCAGGUCAGAGAUGGUGGUCACAACUAGUCACCCUGGGGUUUGACACAGACAUGGCACACAGGAUCAGCACUGCAGGUCAGAGAUGGUGGUCACAACUAGUCACCCUGGGGCUUGACACAGACAUGGCACACAGGAUCACCACUGCAGGUCAGAGAUGGUGGUCACAACUAGUCACCCUGGGGCUUGACACAGACAUGGCACACAGGAUCAGCACUUCAGGUCAGAGAUGGUGGUCAGAACUAGUCACCCUGGGGCUUGACACAGACAUGGCACACAGGAUCAGCACUGCAGGGAGGAAGUGGCGCGCUCUCACGCCCACGGACCGACGCCCGUACGUGGAGGAAGCGGAGCGGCUGCGGCUGAAGCACAUGGCUGAGCACCCCAACUAUAAGUACCGCCCGCGGCGCCGCAAGCCUCCGCAACCCAAGAAACCUGGAAGUCAGCAACAGCAGCAACAACAGCAACAGCAGCAACAGCAGCAACAGCAGCAACAGCAGCAACAUCAGCAACACCAGCAGCAGCAGCAACAGGAACCAGCCACUCCUGCUGGCCAGCCAGGGGCACCCCAGCAACAGCAGCAGCAGCAGGGGGUGGUGGUAGGGGUGGCUGUUACCAGGGGAGGGGUUCAGGGGGGAGCGGCGACCCCCACCACAGUUGCCGUGGGGAGUGCCGCCUCUUCCCUAAACACACCGGAUACCUCCCCAAGUAGUUCCCCAGACCCUGAUCCCCGGAGAAACCCCCAACACCCCCACCACAAUCACCCCCACCACCUCCACCCUCACCACAACCACCCCCACCAUAACCACCCCCACCACAAUCACCACCACCAUCAGCGUCCAGAAACCGGUAAAUGA